CCCAUCUGGGUUUAUUAUAGCAUUCUUAGAAUAUUGUUGCAUGGUUUAUCAUUACAUCAUUGUAGAAUCAAAAAUAUAGUUUUGUUUCUACAGCCAACAGAGGUAACAAAGCCUUCACCAUCUUUGGGACUGCAAGAACAUACUUUAUCCAGUGUGACAGAACUUGGGAUGAAACAGCCUCACUUGCAAAGUGAAUGCUGCCUCUCAGAAGAUAUUCAGCCGCAUAAACCGUCUUGUUCUGAGGAAGUUAUCAAGUCUCUUGAUUCGUGCCCAGAUAUGGAAGGAGGAAGUGUAUUUUCUGACUCUGAGGAUGAACAGGAAGAUUGGAAAGAUAAAGCCAACCUUGGAAAAAACGAUGCAGUGUUCCUUCCCCCACCAGAUCCUGCUAUGUUUUUCUCUAUAUUUGAUGAAUCAUCUACUUCAGCAAACCAAAAUAUAAGUCGUUCUACAGAUCGUGCCCAGAAAACUGCUCGGCGCCCUCUUGCUGUUCGCAAACCUUCAGAUUCUAUCACUGCGAAAGAAAACAUACCACCAGAAGCCUGUGAUGAGCUGCAUGGAAUUGAGCCUUUGGCUGAAGAUGCAAUUGUGACAGGCUCCUACAAGCACAAAAGCCUUUGUGCCAACCCAGAAGACACGUGUGACUUUGUUAGGGCUGCCCAUCUGGCCUCAACUCCCUUUCAUGGGGUGGUAGCUCAGAGAAUCCCAGCUCCUGCUUAUUCACAGAGUGUUCUAAAGGAAGACUGUCCAGAACCCAAGAGUGCACCUCUGAAUGAGAAAACACCAGUUUGUGAGGGAACAUACAGUGAAGCUCUCUGUGUAAAUAAAUUGAGCCCAAUAAUGGAAGCAAGCCUGGAGGAUACUCGUUUGUCAGGUUCUUCCGUCUCUUCAGGAUCUUCUCUUUCCUCUGUUACACAAAUAUCCACAAUUAAAUACCUGCACAUCCCUGAGAAUCUGGAACUUGCUCAUAGCUUGCCUGCUGAACUAAUUGCUGAUUCUGGAGGUGAUGGUACAACUCAGUUCUUGUGGAAUGCUGAACAGCGUAAAAAGCUUCUAGAUCCCAUGCCAGAGUCAUUGACUGCUUCUCCACAUUUUCAUUUGGAGACUGGUUCUCUGCCUGUCAUUGAGUUUGAGAAAGACAUUGAGCUAGGAAAUGAAACUUACUGUAUCAAACGGGAAUAUUGGACCAAUGAAGAAUACAAAAUGCUUUUUGCCAUUCCAGUUAACUUUCUUCAAUUAGAUGCAAAGGGAUUUGCAAUAAAGGUGUAUUCUCAGCCUGUUCCUUGGGAUUUUUAUAUCAUGCUUCAACUACAGGAGCGUUUGAAUGCUGACUUUGACCAAAGCUUCAGUGAAAACUGUAGCUGUUUCUUGUACCAAGAUGGCUGUGCUAUUUUGCACAGGAAUAUAAAUCGCUUCACGCUUGGGGAUGUUAUUUUUGGCUGCAAGUCCAUUAAAGAGGAAGUUAUUCUACUAGUUGUUUAUAAUCUUCUGGGUGUGGUAGAGAAGCUCCACAAAGCAGAGAUUGUCCAUGGAGAUCUGAGGCCAGAAAUAUUCUUUCUGGGAGACAGGAUCUGCGAUCCAUUUGCUAAUAAUGAGAUGACAAGAGCUCUGAAGAUAGUGGAUUUCUCUCACAGUUUGGAUUUAAGAUUGCAGUCUCGAGUAAGCUUACUCAGCAGCUUUCCAAUAUCUCAGACCUCUCAUGGACAGAAGCUUCUGGCAAAAAGUUGCCUUCCUUAUCAGGCAGACUUGGUUGGCGUUGCAGAUAUAGCCCAUUUGAUGCUGUUUGGUGAGCAUGUCCAGGUCUAUCAGGAGAACUCCAUUUGGAAAAUCAGCCAAAAUGUAUCCAAGUAAGUCUGUUUUCAGAGAAGGCUGCUGUUAA